AUGAAAUUGGAUAUUACUAAAACAUUCACUAGUAGAUCAGAUAGAGUCAAAGGAAUUGACUUUCAUCCAGUUGAACCAUGGGUUUUAACAACAUUAUAUUCAGGCCGUAUUGAAAUUUGGAAUUAUGAAACAGAAACAGAAGUAAGAAGCAUUCAAGUAACAGAAACUCCAGUAAGAAGUGGUAGAUUUAUUGCAAGAAAAAAUUGGAUUGUAGUUGGUAGUGAUGAUUUUAGAAUUAGAAUUUUCAAUUAUAAUACAGGUGAAAAAGUUUCUGAUUUUGAAGCUCACCCUGAUUAUAUUCGUUCCAUUGCUGUCCAUCCAACUAAACCAUAUGUUUUAUCUGGUAGUGAUGAUUUGACCGUUAAGUUAUGGAAUUGGGAAAAAAAUUGGGCUUUAGAACAAACAUUCGAAGGUCAUGAACAUUUCGUUAUGUCUGUGGCUUUCAAUCCUAAAGAUCCAAGCACAUUUGCCUCUGGGUGUUUAGAUCGUACAGUCAAAGUUUGGUCAUUAGGCCAAUCUAGUCCAAAUUUUACAUUAACUACUGGACAAGAAAAGGGUGUAAAUUAUGUUGAUUAUUAUCCUCUACCUGAUAAGCCAUAUUUGAUCACGUCUUCAGAUGAUUUCUCAGUGAAAAUUUGGGACUAUCAAACUAAAUCCUGUGUUGCCACUUUAGAGGGUCAUAUGUCUAACGUCUCAUUUGCUGUAUUUCAUCCAUCUUUACCAAUCAUCGUCUCCGGGUCAGAGGAUGGUACAGUCAAAUUAUGGAGUUCAACCACUUAUAAAGUUUUAAAGACAAUGAACCUUGGACUAGAAAGAGCUUGGUGUGUUGCCACUCAUCCAACUGGUAAAAAGAAUUAUAUCGCUGCUGGUUUUGAUAACGGUUUCUCAGUUUUGGCUUUAGGUAAUGAUACUCCUACUUUAUCCCUAGACCCAGUUGGUAAAUUAGUUUGGUCAGGUGGUAAGAACUCUUCAGCUUCUGAUAUUUUCACUGCCGUCAUUAGAGGCAAUGAAGGUAUUGAAGAUGAUGAACCAUUACCAUUACAAACAAAAGAAUUAGGUUCAGUAGAUGUUUUCCCUCAAAAAUUAAUCCACUCCAGAAAUGGUAGAUUUGUUGCUGUUGUAGGUGAUGGCGAAUACGUCAUUUAUUCCGCAUUAGCAUGGAGAAACAAAUCCUUUGGUAAGUGUAAAGAUUUUGUAUGGGGGCCGGAUGCUGAUAGUUUUGCUAUUUUAGAUGAUAGUAAUCAAAUUAACUACUUUAAAAACUUCAAGCAAGUUACAUCAUGGAAUAUUGAUAUCCCAUUCAAAGUCGAUCAAUUAUUUUCAGGUUCCUUACUUGGUAUUAAGGCUGAUGGGUUUACCUUAUUUUACGAUUGGGAAACUAGUAACUUAGUAAGAAGAAUUGAUGUCUUUGCGAAAGAUAUAUUCUGGUCUGAUAAUGGUGAAUUAUUAAUGAUCACAAAUGCAGAUGAAACACCAGAAGAUGGUGCCCGUGGCUACGCCCUUCUAUACAACAGUAAUAACUAUCAAGAGGCAUUGCAAAAUGGCCAAGUUAAUGAAGAAGAAGGUGCCGAAGAAGCAUUCGAAGUUUUAUAUGAAAUAAAUGAAACUGUCACAUCAGGUAAAUGGGUUGGUGAUGUUUUCAUCUUUACAACUGAAACCAAUAGAUUAAAUUAUUUUGUUGGUGGUAAGACUUAUAACUUAGCUCAUUUUGCCAAGGAAAUGUACUUAUUAGGCUAUAUUCCUCGUGAUAAUAAAGUAUAUUUGGCUGAUAGAGAAGUACAUGUCUACGGACAUGUAGUUUCUUUAGAUGUGCUAGAAUUCCAAACAUUGACAUUAAGAGGCGAAUUAGAUGAAGCCAUGGAAACCAUAUUACCAAAUAUUGAAGAUAGAGAUACAUUAUUGAAAAUAUCUAGGUUUUUAGAAGGCCAAGAAUUUUAUAAUGAAGCCUUACAGAUUUCCCCAGAUAACGAACAAAAAUUCGAAUUAGCAUUGAUCGUUGGCGAUCUAACAUUAGCAAAUGAGCUUUUACAGAACAAUGAUCAAGAAUUAAAGUGGAGAUCAUUGGGUGAUGCUGCUUUAAAGAAAUUCCAUUUUCAAUUAGCCAUUGAUGCGUUCAGUAGGGCCAAUGAUUUAGAUUCUUUAUUUUUAUUAUAUUCAUCAUUUAAAAAUAAAGAAGGUUUAAUAAGUGUAGGAGAAAAAGCUGAAAAAGCUGGUAAAUAUAAUCUUUCAUUUAACGCUUAUUGGACUGCUGGCGACCUUGCUAAAGCUAGAGAUUUAUUAGUAAAAAGUGAUAGAAUUUCUGAAGCAGCUGUUCUUUCUUUAACCUAUGGAGUUGGAAACCAAGAUGAUAUAAAUAAAUUAGUUGAGCAAUGGAAAGAAAAAUUAGUCGUUGUUGGUAAAACAUCGAUUGCUGAGAGAUUAUUAGUGCCAGGUGAAGCUAAAGAUAGCAGUCCGUUAAUUGAUUUGGAUAGUACAGUUUCUAAAGCAGAACCAACUGAAGUACCUAUAAAAGAAGAAGCUCCAGCACCAGCAGUAGAGAAGAAAACUAAGGAGCUAGCUGAUGAAGAGUUUGUUGAAGCUAAGGUUGAAGAUGCUCAGCAAGAUGUCGAGGUAGCUACCAACGCUGCUACUGUCAAUGGAGUUGACACUAUAAAAAGCGAUGAAUAG